UAUUACGCUUUCAAAUUUCCCAGAAUGAAGACCCAAUUCUUCAAUUUGAUACAAAACUUUGCAAAACAAACCACUAUUCACGGUUUGCACAUUAUUGGAAUUCCGAAAUUACAUGUUCUAGAGCGAAUUUUUUGGGUUUUGGUCGUAACGAUGGCAGCUGGCGGAGCCAUCGCUAUCACCUAUUCAAACUGGAUGCGUUAUCUGGCAAAUCCGACGGUGGUUUCCAUUCAGAAAGAUUUCAGAAAUUGGCUCAAUCCAUUUCCCGCUGUUACGGGAUGUUUUGUUGAUAAAACCGAUAAGAAAAAAGCCGAUAAAUACAUUCAAGAAAAAUGGGGUAUUAAUUCAUCUGACCCAAAGUACGCAUAUUACAUGGAUUUUAUCAAAAUUGUUAGCAACAUUACGUACAAGAAUUUGGGUCAGCUUGAUAAAUUUGUAACUGACCCAAAAUUGCAAAAUAUUGAUUUAACUGAUUUGACUGCUAAAGUCCACCCUGACCUUUCAGGAACUCUAGUUACAUUUGACACCAAACAUAAAACAAAGUGGGAUUUAAUUAUGUCAGAGUUGGGCAUGUGUUUCUCGGUUAAUUCUCUUUUUGUUGAUUUAUUAACACUUAACCCAAAUAAAACAUCAGUCGUAACACAGAGGAUUCUAAGAUGUCACUAUUUGAACGGUCUGUGCUACGCUCGGUAUGACUCGGACCCAGACCUUCCCAUAAAAUACUACACCCAUUCGUACUUGGAAGUAGCUCAUGCGACCAUCGACCCACCUUUAAUAGUCCACGAAAGCGAAGAACUGGAAAUAAAUUACAGAAUGCAAGAAACUGAAUCUUCUCUAGCAUUACGUGACCUCUCGCCUUUGCAGCGAAAAUGCCGCUUUUAUGACGAACCAAUAUCUGACGAACUGCCAGUCUACAGCAGCAGUCUGUGUUACAUGGAAUGUCGCUAUAAACUUGCCUUGAAAUUGUGUGGUUGUCGACCGAUUUUUUACCACAAUUUCGGUGGUAAAGUAUGUGAUAUAAAAGGACACCUCUGUCUGGCCCAACAUUCUGAUUAUAUCACCAAGCGACCUAGUCAAAUUGGGUGCGAUUGUCCGCAACCGUGCGAUAUCAUAAUUUAUUUCCCUCAAGUUCCCAAAUUUACAAAAUGGGAGUAUGGAUAUUUUGAACAGAGAAUGACCUUUAGGUGGGCCCUUUUAGCACCCACGACCAAGCUUCAUCGAGACGUGCUUUUUGGGUUUGAGGACUUAGUUGUUUCUUUCGGUGGCACUUUGGCUCUGUUUUUAGGUAUCAGCUUUAUUAGCGCCAUUGAAUUUGUGUUUCUGUUAGUUGAAAAUAUUUACGUUUUGUAUAAAAAUCAACGCAAGACCAAUGUAGUUGUUGUUGGCCCUUUCCGGAAAAUUCACCACUUUUAAAUGAAACACGAGCAACUUUAAAAUUUUUA